AUGGAAUUGGAAGGUGAUCAUCAAAGUAAUGGAAUCCGAAGCAGACCAAAUUUCCCUCUUCAGCUUUUAGAAAAAAACAACAUCAUCGAACAUGUCUCCGAAGAACAACCUUGCUCAACCACCGCAAACGACGGUUCUUCUACUGCCAUCGUAUCAUCAGACAACCAGAAAAAGCCUCCGCCGAAACGGGCCUCGACGAAAGAUCGGCACACGAAGGUCGACGGACGAGGCCGCCGGAUCCGUAUGCCGGCAGCCUGUGCUGCAAGAGUUUUUCAGUUGACGCGUGAACUGGGACACAAAUCCGACGGCGAGACGAUCGAGUGGCUACUUCAACAGGCUGAGCCGUCGGUUAUAGCAGCCACCGGAACAGGAACAAUCCCUGCGAAUUUCACGUCGCUUAACAUCUCUCUUAGAAGCUCUGGUUCAACUAUGUCCGCUCCGUCGCACUAUUUUAGAGGUAAUUACUUCAACCCUAGUACGUUUCCAACUGCGGCGGCGGCUCAGCUUCGAAACCGGGCUGAAUGGGAUAGAAAUAUGAAUAUGAAUGUUGUGGCUGAAGAUUCUAGAAGAAGUAACAGUAUGUUAGAGAAUCCUUCUUCUUUGUCAGCGAUUUUGAAUUUUAACAACGUGCAAAAUGCUAUACUUCAGACUAAGCAAGAACUCCGGGAUGAAAACAUUGCUUCCGCGGCCGGAGGAUUUGAAUUGUUGGGUUCUGAUUCUGAUGGAAGCAUAGGUAGAAAAAGAAGGUCAUCAGAACAAGAAUUGUUAUCACAAAAUAUGGGAAGCUAUUUAUUACAAUCAAAUGUGGGGUCACUUCCUUCCAGCCAUGCUUCCAACACUGCAGCGUUUUGGAUGGUAACUGGCAAUGGGAACCAAACUGUUAAUGGCGGUGGUGGUGGUGGUAAUGGAAAUGAUCCAAUUUGGGCAAUUCCUUCUGUUGGAAACAAUGGCUUAUAUAGAGGAGCUAUGUCAAUGUCUUCUCCUAAUGGAAUUCAUUUCAUGAAUUUCGCUUCUCCAAUGAAUCUCAUGCCUGGAAGUCAAUUUGGUUCCGGAAUAAUCGGCGGCGGUGGUGGUGGUGGAGGAAGCGGCGGUAUUCUGGGCGAAAGCAAUUUAAAUAUGCUUUCAGCCAUGAAUGCCUAUAGACAGAUUUCUGCAAAUGGCAUGUCUGAGUCGUCCGGACAUCACCAAGGCGGUGGUGGAGGAGGCGUAGACGACGACGGACAUGACUCAAGCAGUCAACACUCUUAA